GUGUUCUCGUCCGGAUCGAUGGCGUUUGUCCUGUUUGACGAGGCGGGCUAAUAAUUGACGGACGGUGUCCUCGGAGGCUUGUUUAGCCGCCGCGGACUUGGGGAGACAACAGUGUGUGUUCGGGACGGUCAGGAUGAACCUUUGCCUUGUCCUGCCGCUUCUCCUCAUCUGUCCCUCCAACUGGGAGGUGACCCGGGCGGCGACCGACCCUGACAACUUUUUGGGUCCAGAGGAGUGUCUCAGCAGGAAGCCCACGCGUGCCUCCUGUGACCUGGUCUUUUGCGCCCCGUGGGAGCGAUGCAUCGAGGGACGUUGCUCCUGCAAGCCGCCCUAUUUGUGUCCCAGCGAGGACGUCACCCCCGUUUGUGGGCGGGACGGCCGCCUCUACCGCUCCUACUGCCAGGCCAUGGCCUUGUCGUGUCGCGGCGGCAAGUCGGCCAUGUCCCACUUCGACCGAACGUGCUCAGAGGAGCGGCCCAAGUUCCGGAGUUUCCUGGAUCCCCGCACGGGCGCGCUCAGCCUCUUCGUCCCCGACCGAGCCGGCGUCGGCGGGGGCGGGGGAAAGCGCUUGCUGGUUUGCGGGCAGCGCUGGGACGCGGCCGCCGCCAAUGUGGCCUGCAGGGAUCACGGCCACCCGCUCGGCGCCGCGUCUGCCGGCUCCGUGGCCUUCGGUGACCUGAGGCGAGGUCGCGCCCCCUCGCCGUUGCCCGACCGCUGCGUCGUCGUUCGCUGCCGAGGCUUCGAGACGUCGCUGGCCGAGUGCGUCAUCCACGACGCCGUCCCGGUGGGCGAGGGCCGGGUCGCCACGGCGACCUGCUACGACGGCCAGGAGGCGCCCCGAGAAUGCGGCUUCGCCUGCGCCAACGGCAAGUGCGUGUCCGCCGACCGGACGUGCGACGGCAUCGACGACUGCGGCGACCGCAGCGACGAGAUGUGCUGCAAACGCUGCAGGAGGGGCGCCUUCCGCUGCGACUCGGGCGUGUGCGUGCAGGCCGACGUGCUGGCUGACAGUCAGAGGGACUGUUUGGCGGGAGAGGACGAGGCGCCGACGCACGAGCCAACCGGGACGGAGACGAACGGCACAGAGUACGUCUCUCCUAGGAAAGAAACGCGCGCCAGCCGUGCCCACCUGGAGUCCAAGUUGCAGUGCGGCGUGGCCAAUUUGACGGCCGCGAUGGACGCCAGCGUGGGGGACCGAGCCGGCCGCGUCAAGAGAGUCGUCGGCGGCGUCGCGGCCAACCGGACGCAGAUCCAGUGGCAGGUGGGCCUGGAGGACGACGGCAGGAUCAACUGUGGGGGGACUUACAUCGGAGGCUGCUGGGUGGUCACGGCGGCGCACUGCGUCAGACCCAACCCGUCGGCCUACCGGGUGAAGUUCUCCAUCUGGCAAAAGUCCACGCCUCAGGACACCACCGACAUCAUCCCCGUGGGCGCCGUCAUCAUUCACCCCAGGUACAACGCCAGCACGUACGAGAACGACAUCGCCCUGGUGCGGCUCAAGGAGCUCCCGGAGAAGCCCGGCAAGUGCAUGGUGGACAACCCCGCCGUCAAGCCCGCCUGCGUGCCCUGGUCGCCGCGCCUCUUUGCCGCCAACCACACGUGCAGCAUCUCGGGCUGGGGACGCACGUCAGAUGUGGGGAAAACCUCGCAGGUUCUGCAGUGGGCCAACGUGUCCCUCAUCCACGACUGCCGGCGCUUCUACAAGGACCGCUUCAGACCCGGCAUGAUGUGCGCCGGUGACCUGGACGGCAACGUGGACUCCUGCCAGGGCGACAGCGGCGGCCCCCUGGUGUGCCAGGACCACCUGGGCGUGUCCUACCUGUGGGGCAUCGUCAGCUGGGGCGAUCAAUGCGGCCAGCCCGGCUUGCCGGGCGUCUAUACGCAGGUGGCGCACUACUUCGAGUGGAUCCGCCUGCAGACCGGCUGGCCCGCCGUCACCAAGUUCAACUCGUGAUGGGCGCCGCCAUCAUCCUUUUAUCUUCAUUGUCGGCUGUUUUUGUUUGGAGGUGACAUUAAAUGCACAGCGUGAAAGAUG